CCAAGACAAGAAGAAGAAGAACCUGCUAGCCGUUGGAGGUGAAGUCGUUGCGGAAAGACAUGCGGGAGUUAGAUUAACGUGCGUGUUAGUGGCGGUUAAACAAAUUUAUUCUGUAAUUUUUUUUAUUCCUGCCACUUCGAUACGACCACAGGCUUCCGAUAGAGACUGCCGGAGUCGGGUUUUCUCGAAGCGGAGUUACCAAAAUCAACAGAGGAAGCAGCUAAGGAGCGAUGUCGUACUACUCGUCGUCCCGGAGCUCGUCCCGGGCCACCGACUGUAAAGUUUACGUCGGUGACCUUGGUAACGGCGCCGCCAAAGGGGAGCUGGAGCGGGCCUUCAGUUACUACGGGCCCCUGAGGACCGUGUGGGUGGCCAGGAACCCACCCGGCUUCGCCUUCGUGGAGUUUGAGGAUCCCCGAGAUGCAGAGGACGCGGUGAAAGGCAUGGACGGGAAGAUCCUUUGUGGCUCCCGUGUUCGCGUGGAGAUGUCCACCGGCCUGUCCAGGAAGGGCCGCGGCCGCCCCAGCCGCCGCCAGUUUGACCCCAACGACCGCUGCUACCAAUGCGGGGACCGGGGCCACUACGCCUAUGACUGCUACCGCUACAGCAAGAGAGGCCGGCGCAGCAGCAGGUCCCGGUCCAGAUCCCGGUCCCGCUCACGGUCCAGGUCCCGCGGACGGCGCUACCGCUCUCACUCCCGCAGUCGUAGCCGCAGCUACAGCCGGAGCCGCCGCAGAUCGCCGUCAUACUCCAGACGCAGAAGCAGGUCUGGCUCUCCGGCCCGGUCCAAGUCCAGGACUCCAGUGAGAAGCCGCUCCAGGUCCCGCUCUCGGUCCGGCUCUGCCCCCAGGGGGCGCUCUGCAUCUCGCUCCCGCUCUCGAUCGCCGUCGGCCAACCACAAGCGGGCCAGCGUGUGGUGGGAGCUGAGCACUGCACAGACACCGCCGCUGAUCCCAGGCCCAGGGUCUGCCAGCUGGCGGUGUGCACAGCCUGCGGGAGGGUGACUUAAGCGCUGACCUGAGAUCAGCCUCCGCCGGCGUCUGACGUUAGACAGCGAGACAGAGGUCGACCUACCGACCGACCCCUCGCCCCUAGAGCCAGCCGGCCAGCCUUCAGAGCCGGGCUUUAAAAACCCGUUCCCCACCUACCAGAACCCCCCUACCUACCAGAGUUCUUCGCCUCGGUCUUAGCUUCUGAGCGUGAGACACAGAGCUGACGAGAGAUCAGACUUCAAGAGCGUCUCCGAGUUGUAGUCGUCCGUCCUUCAGUCCUUUGAUCCUUCGCUUCUCUGUACUUGUUGUUUCUGCCGCUGUCUCCAAAGGUAACCAACCCCCCACCCCCUGACUAAGCUCAUGUUGAUGGUGACAGAACAUAUUGAGCCGCUAAAAAGCGAGCAUGUGUGGCUGGAUGUGGGAGUGAGUGUGUGGACGUGUGAAUGUGUGUCAGGCUGACAGGCAGGAAGGAGGGCGUUAGCCGCCCGCCGCCACAGCUUCUCAUUCUGACAUGAAAUCUGUUAGCGCAGCUUAAAGGCGCAGCGCAGUCGACCCAACUGCCCAGAUCAAUGCGUCGAUGUUCUGAAAAUGUCGUACAAAAAAAUCUAUUUCACAGUGAAGCUGCAGCAACUUUUAUCAAAUGUUUUUUACAUAUUUAUUUAAACGCACACCAUGUUGUGACAGUUCAAUAUGACAAAGCUGGUCUGUGAAAACAUCAGUCUCCUCCCUGCACUAACAGUGCUGCCUGAAGAAAUGCACCAAAAACAAAAAAUCUGACCCAGGAGGAGGGGCUUAGCGCUGUCAGUCAACUCAUGUACUCGCUGCUAAAUGUGCUCAUGGCAAAGAAAACAGCAGUGCAGCAAAGAGCAAGUGAGUGAUGGAGCGCCAAACACAGGAUGAUUGGCAGCGCUAAGACCCGCCUCCUGGCUUUGGCUGGUUGCCUCUAGUUAGUAUUGGGAGGAGGCAAAGGAGAUUUUUUUUCUCUUUUUAUUCCAGAUUAUGAAGGUUGUCCUUCAGAAUAAAGGCUUGUUGAGACCAAAACACCAAACUGAAAACUUUUACAGUCUAGGUUUUGGUGGAAAGAGAAAAACAAUAAAUCAUUCAAAAGAAAAUUAUCAAGCUCAUUUUAAUUUGUAAUGCAAUUAUUUGAUGAAUUGACUAUUGUGAGAGACUUACUUGUUAAUUGUAAAUCACAUAGAAAGCCUGAAGCGGCGGUGAAACGGUGUGAUCCGGCCUGGACAGUUGGCUCGGCCGCGCCGGCCCUUUAAACUGACUUUAGUUCAGGUGGUUUUUGCAGUGCAGAGAAGCUGUAGGUGUGUCUCCCCGUCUGCUGCUGCCACAGGCUGACCCUGGUCCGUUUGUGUUUCAGUCGCUCCCGCUCAGCGAGUCCGGCCCGGAGCCCCACGCCUGCAGAUGACUGAGCGACCAAGACUCAGCCAGCAGCAGCUGUUUUCCUUUGGUUCUGGUAUCGGUCCGUGUCGUCUCUCUCUUUAUUUCCAGAUCUAUUUUUGUUUAGUUUUUUUUACCGCUGGGACUGCCAUCUCCACAGCUCCACAUGCCCCAGGUUGUAUAAAUAGGAGCAGUUUUAACUGUUGCUGCUGUGUAAGCGAUCCGUAUUUUGAAAAGCGUAGCAAAGACGGGAUGCGACACCUCGUUUGACUUUUAGCUGUAAAACUCAGAAAUGGCAGGAAUGGGCUGAGCAGAUGAAAUGAGUUGAAGUAUUAAAACAUCCUGAGUUUUUCUGUUGCUCUCCUCUUCACAGGAACACUUGUUGCUCUGCAUGCCUUUAGAUUCAAAGUCAUGUUGUUUUCCUGCUUUCCCUUCAUGAAGCUACAUGAAUAAUGUGAGUUUGAUACAUUGCUCUGACCCGAUUUUAAAACACAAGCGAGGCUCAUGUUGGGGCAGCUGUUUGCUUUUCUUUCUGUUGUGUGGAAGUUUUAUUUUGGAAUAAAUCUCUUCAACACAU